GUUUCAUCCGGCAAUUCUAUUUUUACUUGAAUUUCUUGUCUAAAUUGCUUAGGAGCAUCAUCAAGUUACUUGCAUUGACCCGUAGUUUUGAAUUUUGAUGGGCUUCCUUGUAUCUCUUGUCCUUUUUCUCAUUUUGCUUUAUAGCUAAGUAGAAUAGGUGAUAUCUUAGUUCCUGUUUACUUAUCUUAUGAAGCUGUGUCCUAUAUCAGCCUUCUGGUUUAACUUGCCAUCCUUGUCAUUUUCUAAUAUGUUCUUUAUUGUUCAUCAUUUUCUAAUUGCUUAAUCCACUUAUAAAUCUCCCAUCUUUGGUAGCCUUAGGGGCACGGGCAUACAGAUUGAUGCAAAGGACGAUCUAUUUAGCCAUUGUUCACUGAUUAAAAGGUUGUCAACAUGGUGAGCUUACGCAGACGCAGACUCCUGGGACUCUGCUCUGGGAAGAGUUCCUUUUUGACUCCACUUCCUAAAUUUUUUGAUAAUGGAAAUGCCUCUGAAAGUUCAAGCCAAAAUGCAAAAUCAGUUAGUGUGCAUUCCAUGCCCUCUGAUUCUAUCAACCACAUGCAAUGGAAAAGCAUUGCUAAGGUUAGCUGUGGAUCACCAAACAUCUCUGGUUCUGGUUCAUCAAAAGAGCAUCAUAAUCAACCUUUUGUAGAGCAACCGAUCAAACGAAGGAAGCGACACAGAAGGAAGCAUGUUUCAAAUCAAGAACCUUGCUUAAUGAGGGGUGUAUACUUCAAAAAUAUGAAAUGGCAGGCUGCGAUAAAAGUUGACAAGAAACAGAUUCACUUAGGCACUGUUGGUUCACAAGAAGAAGCUGCCCGCUUAUAUGACAGAGCCGCUUUCAUGUGCGGAAGGGAGCCUAACUUUGAGCUUUCGGAGGAGGAAAAACAAAAGCUUCGGAAGUUCAAGUGGGAAGAGUUUUUGGCAUAUACUCGCCAUUCAAUUACCAAUAAAAAGUACAAGCGAAGGCUCGGAGUCGGACCACAGAAAAGCUCUGAACCUGCAAUAGAGGAUGGUCAGUGACUGGGAACA